GAGGUAUCUGGGCCUCUUCUCGCUGACUCACGUUCACGUAUCAGUCCUCUAAUUCAGUAAUCCUCUGCCCUAGACGCUCUUACCCAACGACUACGACUCUCCUCAGCUCAGCGUGUGUUUGUUCCUCGUCCAAAUGGGUGAAGGGACAGGGAGUUUCGGGAAGAGGAGGAACAAAACAUUGAGGAACAAAGCUCCAUUCUUGAACCCUGAUAAUCUGGAUGGUACUAAUUCUGACAAGAAAAGGAAAGUAGUUGCAAGAAACAAGAAAAGAGAAGGUGCAAAGCUACCUGAAGCUGAAACAACGGAAAUUGUUGUCUCCACUAGUCCAAGUGAAGUUUACGAUGGUAAAAUCAGUGCAGGAAUGAGCGACAAGAAAAAGAAAAAGUUGAAGAUAAAGCAAAGAAAUAAAGAAAGCACAAAGGAGGAUGGUGUUUGUGAAUAUGUUCCAUACUCUACUAAAGUUGGAGAUGAUUCUAACGAACAAAGUGAUAUUCUGGAUGGUGCCAAUUCCAUCAAGAAGAGGAAAAAGGUUGUAAGAAAAAAGAAAAUAAAAGGUGCAGAGUUACCUGAAGCUGAAACAACUGAAACUGUUAGGCGAGAUGAUGAUGAUGAGGAGGGUAAGAACAGCAGUGCUGGAAUGAGCAACAAGAAAAAGAACAAGUUGAAGAAAAAGAAAAGAAAUAAAGAAAAUACAAAAGUUGAAGGUGUUUGUGAACUUGUUCGGCAUUCUAAUGAAGCUGGAGAUGAUUCUAACCAACAAAGUGGUAAAUCAAAGGGUGCAACUCAAUUAAAAGAUGAUGCUAGUUUACUUGAUGAAGAUGAAGAUGAAGUUUAUCAAAUCUCUUCAGGGGAUGAGGAUGAAACAACAGGAAUGAAAAGAUGGAUUGCUGAAUAUCAUCGUGCCAGACCCGGGGCAGAGGUUUUGUUGCAACGGAUCGAUGACUUUCUUGUUGACUACUGGGAACAAAAGGAGAAGGAAAGAGAAGAAAGGGAAGCUGAAGCAGCGGAAGGCGGAUGGACGGUUGUUAAGCAUAUCAAGGGUAGGAAGAAGACGACAGAUGGUGAAAGUGGUACGACGAUGGGGUCUGUUGCUCAGGCGGCCGUGAUUGACAAAAUGUCGAAGAAGAAGAAAGACAAACAACACGUUGUAGGCCUCAACUUCUACCGUUUUCAGAGAAGGGAGGCACAGAGGAACGAGAUCAUGAUGCUGCAAACCAAAUUCGAGCAGGACAAGAAAAGGAUACAACAAAUGAGAGCAGCAAGGAAGUUCCGCCCCUAUUAGUUGAUCAUGAAAUUUUCCUUCCAUUGUUCAGAAGAUUUAUUGAACAAUUUUCAUUCGACAUUUAUGUAGACAGAUUUGUUUAAAUGAUCAUUUUUG